UGGGCCAGAUUGAGAUACAUAGGUCUCCCAACGAUUUUGGUCACACCCUGUUGCAAAUUUAACCCUGUUGAACCAGCUGACGGCGGUUGCUAUUGCUGCUUGUAUGGGUUUUUUCUGUGAAGUGAACCAUAAGUACCAGUUUGUACCUUUGCUUGUCACUGGGGCCGUACCCUCAAGGGUCUGCUAAUUGUACCCUAAAGCUGUGGGUAAUUGUGUCUUAAGAGAAUGAAAUGGACUCCCAACAUUUCUGUACCAUUGUCAGUAUAUUAUUGGAUUUUGUACAUUGAGGAUGUUCCUUGGACUCCAUUUCUGUACUUUAGGGUGCAAUCCCAGAGACAAGGGCAGGUACAAACUGGUCCUUUUUCUGACGGUACUUUAACAUAAUUGUUAAAAUAGUGUUUUACUUGUCAGUCUUUCAACUUGAGCCCAGGUGAGGGUUACGGUAAGAAAGUUGUGUUGAUGUAAAAGGUGAGAAUAUACCUACUAGGAUUUAGUCUUGCUGUAUUCGCGUUCACUCCUAUAGGCUACCUGUUUAUUUUUUUGUAAAUGUGUCGGCAGAAAUCGCGAUUUGGCAGUAAGGUUAUUAUUUGAUAUGUUCUAAAUUGAAUUUGCAGUGUUUUAGUGUCCGGUAUGAUCAUUGUCACUUUGUUGCAUGGAGUUUAAGGUGUGCUGUGACAGACCUCCCUUCCGCCCAGGAUGUUGUUUUAUGGGCAGAAGAUAAACGUUACAGAAAACCGAACUACACACCGCUUUAGUCACGCUCUCGGGGAAACUUAAAUGUUAUCUCAAGCGUAGGAGUGGCUUUCGCUGGUAACCACACCCGGCAAACUAAUGCACCUGUCCUCCCUGCGACAAGUACACUGAAGGGACAAAUACGUAUUCUGGUCGAAAAGUAGAAGAAUGAGUCUCCCUGAUUACAGGUCCGCCGGAAAACAGUCCGCUCCCAGCAUUCAGCUGCAUUCGCCGAUCGUGCAGCUGAAUGUGGGCGGGAGGCUGUACAGCACGUUGCUCAGCACUCUCCGGCAGUGUCCCGGCUCCAAGCUGGCGGACAUGUUCAGUGGCUCGCCCAAGCUGCGCACAGACGCCGAGGGGCGCCACUUCAUCGACAGGGAUGGCACGCACUUCGGGAAGGUCCUAGAGUUCCUGCGCUCAGAGACGCUACCCUCGGAGAACGUGUGGGAGGUGUACAGGGAGGCCCUCUUCUAUGACUUGAAGCCCCUGGUCAAGCAGCUAGAGGAAUCGGCCCCGCUUUUUGGGGAGAUGGUGGCCAGGCAGCAGUUCCUUGCCAGGGUACCUAACUACAAGGAGAACCUGGAGGUGAUCAUCAGGAUCGCCCGUGCUGAGGCCAUGGCAUCCCGCCACUCUGACGUCAUCGUCUGCAUUCUGAGGACGGAGGAGGAUGUGACCAGGUACAACAAUGCCAUCAACGACUUGGAUGCCAACAAGGAGUCGGUGGUGAGAUUUGGGCCAUGGAAGGCCUCACCCACUGUCGGAGACCUUCUGGACUGUAUCAAAAAGGACAUCGAGGCCAAAGGCUACAAGAUUAGUUUUAAGCCCCACAGUGCAGAGAAGGGGUUCGUUUUUAAGAGUUAUGACUUUUUCCACAAAUUAAUUUUCACAUGGUGGUAACUAGUUCACUUCCCCUGAAAUUUUGUGGAUGCCAAAUUCUGGUUAUGGAAGUGACUGAUCAUUUAAAGCCAAUCAAGCUGUAACCACAAGAUUCAAAUCUAGUCUUAUAAUCUUCUUAAAAUCUUUACAGUGAAACACAGUGUUGCUCUGUGGUACAAGAACAUUCCACAAGGAUUUUUUUUUGCCUUGUGUCUUUUAGAAUUUAAUAUAAGAGAACGACAAUUCAUUCAAUACAUACAUUUAUAGUCAGAGAUUUGUGUCAGCUGCUACAUUUGGAAACCUUGUGCUGGCAAAUAUGCUGUACCUACUUCCAUCAGAAAGUAUAUCGGUAUAGCUGCAUAUCAGUGAGCCAGCUGUCCAAUUCAUUGUAAUAAGGCAUGUAGUAUCUCAAAUUGUAAAUAAAGACUCCACAUCAAAUAAAGAUAAAUUAAACCAA